GGAUCGUCAACACAGUGUGGAAGUGUGUGCUUGUCUGUAAACUGGUGAUGAUGACAGGGCUGUUGUCGUUCUUCUCCCUCCUGCCGGUCCAUCUACUGAAGAAGAGAGGAAAGAAGGAAGAUGAAGAGGUCAGGAGGAAGACGGCCGUGGGUGGAAAGUUUUCAUCACAAGAUGGAGGGGAUGACUCUUCCUGUCCAGAUCAUCAGGUCAUCACUACUGAGAGGUAUGACUAUAGAACGAUACAAAUGUUUGAAGUUUUCAUUUAAUUUAUAUUGUAAAAAAAAAAUGUAACUCCAGUGCACGUCAUGAUUUUACCAUUUCGACUAGAGAAUUGUUUUAUUUUUGAUAACCACAUAUAAACUGAAGAUAUUAGAAGAUUUUAGCUACUUUAUUUAUUUUUUUCAACAUAAAAAAGUUUCUUCAAAAAUACAUUUAUGCAGGGAAUAUGACAAAGGACCACAUGUUUCUGUGUACGUAUGUAGUUAACAAAAGCAUCUUGCCAACCUCACCCGUAACCAAAACAUUUGUUUCAUGUGAAUGAAAUUCCAUAAUCUUUUUUCCAUCAACAUUUUUAUUUUCUUCUUUCCUCAGGAAUCUGCUGCGUAAGGCCAACGAGAGCCUCCGCCAGGUGCUGAGUGAUGUGCUCAAGACCACAGCGGCCGCGGAGGAGACCAUCGGACGCCACGUGGAGGGGCUACUGGUACCCCCGUCCUCCUCACAGAGACCCACCUGGCAGAGAGAUGCUGGCGGGCCCUUCAGGCCUGCCACAGGGGCUGCGGGAGGUUAGUUAAGCAGCCAAUUCCAAACCAACCCCUACUACCUAUGCAUGUUUUGAGAUGUAAAAUGGGGCUGAGCAAUAUGGCUCCUCCAGGCCUUACUGGUGUCACAGUUAAGCUACAUCUCUAACCAACACAUCUGAUUACACUUAACUGAAGACAAUUAAUAGUAGCUAGGGCUGCGACAAACCUGUGACACCAAUCAGGCCCCCUUGGGGAUCGAAGUCUUGGAAGAGCUCCAUCCCACUCCAUCAAGAUGAUUUUAGAUUUCAUUAAAUAGAGCCAGACAAUACCAGAAGAUACAGGGAGGGAGAGAAGAGGUGCAAGGGUUGAGGGCUGGCUGUGUGACAGAAAUAUACACAGGACAGGAAGGAAAGAUGGGGAGACAGAGAAUACUUAAGGAAAAUGUCAGAUGUCAUUUUUUAUUAAUGUUAAUUGGCAGCUAACAAGUCCUGCAAGUUUCAAACCAGUAUUGCCAAUCUAAAGAGGUCCUGACUGACUGGUUACCUGCAACCUUUCUCUAUGGGACCAGAGUAAGUGGUGUCAUGUUCAAAUGCAUAAAGCAGUUGAUACGCAUCACAUUGAAUUAAUUGUGGAUGUACACCUGCUCUUAACAUGACAUAGACUGACCAGGUGAAAACUAUGAUCCACUUCAAUCAGUCUAGAUGAAGGGGAGGAAACAGGUUAAAGAAGAAUUUGUAAGCCUUUAGACAAUUGAGACAGAUUGUGUAUGUGUGCCAUUCAGAGGGUGAAUGGGCAAGACAAAAGAUUUAAGUGCCUUUGAACAGGGUAUGAUAGUAGGUACCAGGCGCACCGGUUUGAGUGUGCUAAGAACUGCAACGGUGCUGGGUUUUUCAUGCUCAACAGUUUCCCGUGUGUAUCAUGAAUGUUCCACCACCUAAAGGACAUCCAGCCAACUUGGCAACUGUGGGAAGCAUUGGAGUCAACAUGGGCCAGCAUCCCUGUGGAACGCUUUCGACACCUUGUAGAGUCCAAGUCCCAACGAAUUGAGGCUGUUCUGAGGGCAAAAGGAGUUGCAACUCAAUAUUAGGAAGAUGUUCCUAAUGUUUUGUACACUCUGUGUAUAUCGUAUCAUUUUGCCAAUGUGCAGUUUGCGUGGAAGUCAACUGCAUAACAGGGUUUGGGUCAAUUCCAUUUAAAUUCCAGUCAAUUCAAAAAGUGAACCAAACUCCAAUUCAAAAUGUUCCUCAUUGAAAAGCGUAGAAGAGAAUUGGAAUUGGAAUUUUAGUGUACUUACUGAAUUGACUGGAAUUUUAAUGGAAUUGACCCCAACCAGGCUGCUAGGAUACAGGGGGGGAAAUUCAUACAUUUAAUAUCAAUGCAAAUCAUACAACCUUCGUCAGCCUGACCAAAACAUGCAAAAUGAUCACGUUUGUAUCUUUUCAUCAUUACAGCCAAUGGCUGCUUAGUGCACAAAAAUCAGUUAAUAUCCCCAGGGACUAUAGCAUUCAUGGCAUUUUUCAGCCCAGCGCCAAACACUGUUAAAAGUAAAGUUCCCACAGCUGCCAGAGGAAAAGCAGUCCAGCCAGACUGACAGACCUGUCACUAGUAGGCAGUGUUUCAGAAUCACAUACUGUAACUGAUGAAUCAUAGGAAUGAAUCCAACUCUGAAGGUGACAUGGCAAUCCUUUGGUAACACCUUUAACCAGACUCUUAUUGCUGGGUUUUUCACGCUCAACAGUUUCCCGUGUGUAUGAAGAAUGGUCCACCACCCUAAGGAUAUCCAGCCAACUUGACACAACUGUGGGAAGCAUUGGAGUCAACAUGGGCCAGCAUCCUUGUGGAAUGCUUUCGACACCUUGUAGAGUCCAUGCCCCGAAGAAUUGAGGCAGUUUUGAGGGCAAAAGGAGGGAGUUUGUUGACAAUACUUGCUCAUAACAUUUAUUUCACAAAUCAUAGAAUCACAUGACUAGAUAGCUGAAUGAAGCAGUUGAGGUCAGGUGCACUUGUUCAAGGGUACAACCACAGUAUACCCUACCCUGGAUUUGAACCUGCAAUUCUAUGGUCCAUCCAUUCCCCAACCACUCCCUAACUAUAUCAGACAAUAGUCGUUAUGCCAUUACAAUCCUUAGUGUCUACAGUAAAUACUCAUCUCAUCUCUCAUUUGUGGGUAUGUGGCCCUAAGGUGGAGUCGCCAAAUGUGACAAGUGUGUUUUAAGAGACAACACCCUGCCAAGCAUAGCCAUAUGUCUCUCCCUUCUGUGUCUACAGGCUUAAGGGGAUACUGCUAGAUUUUGGCAUUUAAGUGAAAUUACAGGACGUCUACAGGUACAGUAGUAAUGCUACCGUACCUGUAGACUACCAGUCAUUGUGCUAAUGCUAGUUAGCUAACUUCCUUCAUACUGCACGCAGAGACAUCUGACUCUCGUUAAGUAGAACAAGGGCUUAAAUGCCAGAAUCUCGUAGUAUCCCUUUAAGCGGCAAAGUCUGCUCUAGUGUGGGAACAUCUCCCCUCAAGUAAACAUCUGCCUGCCCUCUCGACACACGAAACAAGCAUGCAUGUGUGUACACACAGAUACUGUAGUGUGUACAUGCACACAUUAAACAAACGCACAGACACACAUGCAUUAAUGCAUAACUAGGUUAAUUAUUGUGGUUAGAUUUUACAGUUCAAAGAACUAGCUUUUUAACCAACCGCUUGACUUUUUAAAAACUUUUUAUAAUGGUCUUGGUAUUUUAUCAAUGAAGUAUAGCUGUUGACAGGGUUAAUUUGACUGUCAAGUGAACUUGAUGUUUGGGUAAACAAAAAAAUAAUCAAUGUGCACAAUAGUACUGACUCCUUUAAAGAUUCCAAGAUGGUUUUAAAAAAAUUCAGAUUUGAUUGUUUUCACAAAGUACAUGUCAAUCAGGAUUCCCCCUACACGAUCAUCUCAUACACUUGUAUCAACCACACAUAUCCUUAAAAUGUGCAUAGUGUCUGUGGCAUGUGUAUUUUCAUUCAAAUUCUGUUAGCAGUCAUGAUAGAAGAUGCCAACUGUGAUCCGUACUCUCUCCCCUUGCAUUCACUUGCUAGAAAAGUGUGGACCAAUGCACUGAGAAGAGAGAGGGAGAGUAUGGAGAAAGAGAGAUGACUUGUAUCCCUCCUGAGAAUAAAGAGGCAAUUGUGGAUCAUUAAGUAGCAUCAUGUAUGUUAUUUGCUGUUUAGUUCUGUGUGUGGUCGUGUCUAGGGUGGCACUACCAGUCAGCUAGGAUCGAGACUGUAACCCCUGCUUUCAUGGAUUAUACUUGUACUUCAUAAUGGUCAUUAUGUAGUAGUAUGAAUGUGAUAUUGGCACAAGGACAGUACUCAGGCUACUAGACCAAGGAAGGGAUGGGCAACUCCAGUCCUCGGAAGCCUUGUCUGAUUAAGACCUGGGAUACUAUCCCUUAUAUUAUAAUAUGUUGAUAAAUGCUUUGCCAAAAAAUGAAUUGUUUGGAUAAAAAUGAUUACAUUAAUGACUGGUUGAUAUUGGGGACAAUGGACACUAUUGUUUCCAAUGAAGUGUUUUCUCUUGACAAUUAACCUUGCCCUCCAUUUUGGUCGUUCCUGCCCAGAUGCAUCGACCACUGAGAGUUGCCAGGGCAGCGAGACUGGGGCGGACAACGUGAGCGUGUGGUCGGGCGAGACUGAGACGGACGAGGGCCUGGAGAUGUCCCAGCAGAUGAUGACGGACAGUCACAGCCUGCUGCCGGGGUCAGAGCUUCAGCUGGAGAACGAGGAGUACCUCAUGAAUAUUAGCUCCCGCCUCCAGGCUGCUGUGGAGAAACUACUGGUGGCCAUUACUGAGACGACCAAUCAGGUACGUCACAGCAUAAUA